AUGCGGGUUCCAUUGUGGAAUCCUCUAGCAACAACAUUCUUUGGUAACAUAUGUUCAAAGCUAUUCAUCAUAUUAGUUUUGUGGUGCUUGGUUCCUGGUGAUAGUAGCAGAAAUUUCUUUAAUGUAGUCAAUUCAUUAAUCGUGGAUUCUGAUGCAACGAGAAACAGUAUAGAUCCAAGUUUCGAGGAUAUUAAAACGAGGAGAGAGAGAAUUAAUUUGAAGGGAAUUUGUUAUGCAGAUAACUACUCCUCCAAAUGUCAUAUUGCUUGCACACGUGUCUCAUUACCUUGCACUAUUUCAUCAUCAAGCUCCUCAUACAUCCCUGGCGGAAAACCUCUCAUAGUAAAAAUUGAUAUCGAUGAGGACAUCGACGGUAUGAUGGUCUAUGCGGUCCACAGUCACAACGUGAAUAUAAAAGUAGGUAGUUGGUCGCGGACUAAUAAAAGUGAUUAUAUGAUUUAUGAUGAAUGCACUGGUCACCGCCCUGGAAAAGAUCAAACGUUAAUUUCCCAUGAAAGAAUCCAUCAAAACACCAAACUCACGUGGUUUCCUCCAAGUAACUCGAAAGGAAGCAUUAUUUUUCGAGUGCUUUUGGUGAGAUUAUCAUCUCGGGCUGGAUAUGACAUACACGAAAAACAUGUCAGGGUUUCUAUUCGCUCGACCACAAAUACCACUAUUACAACUACAGGCUCUAGCGUAUCUCAAACAGGCAGUCAUACGAUAAGUAGUACAAGUAGCGAAAGUAGCAGUGGUAACACAGGUAGUAGCACUCCAUUAUCUGAACCGACAAAUGAUUCUUGUGACUACGUUUAUGGUGCACCAACGCCACAACCUUUGAGUUGUAGUGCCGCCAUAGGGAGGAUUGAUGAGGUGAUGAAAGGAAUGAUGGAUUUCAUUCAAUCAACUGGGUCAAAUUUAGAUAUUUAG